AAUUAAGGGGGAGGGGAAGAAAAAAAACUAAAACACCACCACGACUCGAUUUCCAAAGUUCCCCGAGGAGCCAGCCCGGAGCGCAGAGCCCCGCGUCCGCCUGCGUUUUUAUGAAUGAAAGCGGCCGGCUGAGCUGGGAGUAACAUCCCUGCCCUGAAACUCCUCAAAAUCGGUGAAAUCCAGGCGGGUAGCAGCGGAGGAAGGGGAGGCAGCGGAGCCGCGGCUCCCCCGGGUACUGGGGGGGGGGGGGCUCGGCAGCGACAUGAUCCCCGUCCCGGGCAGCCCCAGGAGAACCCCGAGAGGCUGCGGGCUCCUCUGCCGGGUUUCUGAGGGCUUGUCCUGGGCAUGGGACGGAGGACGCGUGUGCGCGAGUAGAAAAUGCGUAUAUAUACAUACAUGCAUAUAACACAGUAACAGUAAUAAUAAAACAAAAACCCGAGGAUUUCAGAACAUUUCGCGAAGUAAGUGAAAAACGUUUCUGCCGAGGGAAGAAAAACAAAAACCAAAAAUAAACUACUUAAAGGGGGUGGCGAAGGAGGGGGAGCGAUAUUUCAGCCCUAUGCUUUCAUGCCGUACUCAAUCGGCUUUUUGAAACUGCAGAUCCUUUGAGACAGAGAAGGGAGAGUGAAGCAAAAAAAUAAACCACCCCUAUUCGUAACUAAAACGCACUGCAACCUUGAAGGCUGGCAGAAUAAACCUAUUGUGGAGCUGAAACGCGCCGCGAUAUGCAAGGGAAAAGCCCCCAGAGUACCACUGUUUGCGAAAAGAUGCACACGGAAAACAAACAGCACCAGGGGCUGCAGCUCUGAAGGGAGCGAAGUUGCUCUGCUUCACAUGGGCUCCUCGGCUGCGUUUCGGGAGCUGCCCAGAUCUCCAGCCAUGAGAAAACGGAGCAAAAGACCGGGGUUUCUUGUCAUGUGCCUUUCUGGCUAAAACUGUGGAAACAAACAAACAAUCAAACAACACACAAAUUCUGGAAGGGGGGGCGGGAGGGAAGGAGAAGGAGAAAUCAUCUGCAACGCUGGAAGACCUCUCGUCCUCCUACUUCCCUGGGCAAGCUUGGAUGCUGGAAGAAGCCUCUUGGAUAUGGGAUCAUAUCUGGUUUAUCACAGUCUGGGUUUGAUCCUCUGCUGCUCCGUCCUGAGUUCAGUCUACGCUCUGGUGGAUGCUGAUGAUGUCAUUACCAAAGAGGAGCAGAUCUUCCUACUGCUAAAAGCCAAGGCUAAGUGUGAACGACACCUCAAAGCCAAGGUCCCCAAGGUGCAUGAUGGCUUCUGUCUUCCUGAGUGGGAUGGUAUCGUCUGCUGGCCUGAAGGUGUGCCAGGCAAAGUGGUGGCUAUGCCAUGUCCUGAGUACAUCUAUGACUUCAAUCACAAAGGCCAUGCUUAUCGCCGGUGUGACCUGAACGGGAGCUGGGAGCUGGUCCCAGGCAACAACCGCACCUGGGCAAACUACAGUGAAUGUGCCAAGUUUCUCACCAAUGAGACGAGGGAAAGGGAGGUCUUUGAUCGCCUCUAUUUGAUUUAUACUGUUGGAUACUCCAUCUCUCUGGGAUCCCUCACAGUUGCUGUCCUUAUCCUGGGAUACUUCAGACGUUUGCACUGCACUAGAAACUACAUCCACAUGCACCUGUUUGUCUCCUUCAUGCUGAGAGCCGUGAGCAUCUUUGUGAAGGACGCAGUCUUGUACUCUGGGUCAGCUUUGGAGGAGAUGGAAAGGAUCUCAGAGGAAGACUUAAAAUCCAUUACUGAAGCACCUCCAGCAGAUAAAUCACAGUUUGUAGGCUGUAAAGUAGCAGUUACCUUCUUCCUUUACUUCCUGGCAACCAAUUACUACUGGAUUCUGGUGGAAGGGCUCUAUCUCCACAGCCUCAUCUUCAUGGCAUUUUUCUCAGAGAAGAAGUAUCUUUGGGGAUUCACAUUAUUUGGCUGGGGACUCCCUGCUGUAUUUGUUACAGCAUGGGCCAGCGUGAGGGCCACUCUAGCCGACACAGAGUGUUGGGACUUGAGUGCUGGCAAUUUAAAAUGGAUUAUUCAGGUGCCCAUCCUGGCAGCUAUAGUGGUAAAUUUUAUUCUUUUUAUCAAUAUUAUCAGAGUCCUAGCAACCAAGCUACGAGAGACAAAUGCAGGGAGGUGUGACUCAAGACAACAGUACAGGAAGCUGCUGAAAUCUACCCUCGUCCUUAUGCCUCUGUUUGGCGUUCACUAUAUUGUUUUCAUGGCUAUGCCAUACACAGAUGUGUCAGGGAUUCUUUGGCAAGUUCAAAUGCACUAUGAAAUGCUGUUCAACUCUUUCCAGGGAUUUUUUGUUGCCAUCAUAUACUGUUUUUGCAAUGGAGAGGUCCAAGCAGAAAUAAAGAAGUCAUGGAGCAGGUGGACAUUAGCACUUGACUUUAAAAGGAAAGCACGAAGUGGGAGUACAACCUACAGUUAUGGACCAAUGGUUUCCCACACCAGCAUCACAAAUGUAGCCACAAGAGGAGCACUUGCCCUCCAUCUCAAUACAAGACUUAUACCAGGGACCCUCAAUGGACACCGGAAUUUGCCAGGUUAUGUAAAAAAUGGCUCCAUUUCUGAAAACUCCAUGCCUUCUUCUGGACCAGAGCAGUACAACAAAGAUGAGGAGUACCUGAAUGGCUCUGGCCUUUACGAUGGAGACAGACCUACAGUACUUGUUGAAGAAGAAAGAGAGACAGUGAUGUAAAGAGAGAAAGAGAUAAAAGAAGCAAAAGGAUGAAAAAGGUUCCUGGAGAGCAUUUAGUGGGCAAAAGAGUAUCAGGCCACGCAUUGGAUGCCAAGGGUUUCCAUACAGUUUCUCUGUUCUAUGGAACGAGAAGUUAAGUUAUAUGGGAAAAAAAAUGUGAGCCACCAAUGUGGCCAGCUGUCGAUCACAUACAUAUUCUCAAGUGAUCUAAGUCUCUCUGGUGUUAGCAGAAGCAGGGCUGUCUAGAUCCACAGCCUUGCUACUGUUGAACAACUGAGAUACUGGGAGUUCAUGAAGGAGGGUUGUAUAGCAGCAAUGUGGUCCUUGGAUCUCUUGGAGAGUGUGGGCAGCUGAGGAGGACAGGACUCACCCAGUAAAACAAGAGUCUUGCAGAGAGUGUACAGUGCCAUCUUCUUGUGAGGGUACAAGCCACCCUGAGUAUCAGUGUCUUCAGUUUGGUUUGCUGUUUCCCUAUAAAGUCUGCCUGGUAACACACACAACACUGAUCAAGACCUAUUGCGGGGUCAUAGCUGCCCACCCUUUCAGAUAAGCACUCAAUGCAGACAGCUCAGUACCACUGGUCGCAUGUUCUUCACUUCGGCAACCUCACUCCUCGGCAAAAUGCUCCUCUAAGGUGAGCAGGGUUAACAGCUCAAGGUUGCUGAAUGCAGGCAGACAACGUUGUUCUCCUCUCCCUGACCUGAGUCCCAGUAGCAAGCCAGAAACCAGUGCAGUUUCAGGAUGGAAAAUGUGCUCGUCAGAAUGUGUGACAUUUUUGUUCUUCCAGACGUAGCAGAGAGAGGGGCCCACCGAGUGCGUUGAGGCAGGGUGGGGAAUUUGCAGUUCUUGGGUGUAUGUGCCUAAGUGUGUGUGGCUAAAAUCAGUUGAGAGGGUAGCUAACUCAGCCCUCCCUUUUUGUGGGUGCUCAUGGAAACAGGCUUCAGUCAGUUUUUAAACCUCUAAAUUGCUUCUUGUUCCGCCCUCUGAAUUUCCUGUUUCUUACUAGCCAAAACCCUCAUUAGGAGAAAGACUCCAUCAACAGUCUGCCUGUGUCACCCAGCAGCACAAGCUGCUGGAUACAGCCAGACAAACCUAAGCUCAUGAGAUCCAAAGGCAAUAUUUGCUUGAUAAAAGCACAGGAAUUGCUCAUGGAUGGUUACUUUUGAACAUCUAAACUUUCCUAUUCUUUGCAUUUUGAUCACACACACACGUAUGUGCACCAGCUCAGAGUCUUAGCUGACGUUAACAAGUCUAACUUCAACCAGAUAAGGCUAUUGCUCAGAUGAGGAAAGUUAUUGCAGUUACCUCUGAAAGGUAACUGCACAAGGAAAUGCCUUCUUCUUACAGGAGACAAAGGCCAGGAAGAUUUUGUCACCAUGCAAUUUCCCUUGCUGGUGAUUUUUUCAGGGUGUAACCAAAAGGUUGGUCUCUGAUACAGAUAAUCUUUAGCAGAAAUGAAGAGGUACAGUCCUUGUUGGCCAACCGUGCGUUGUGUUGGAGCUGCCACAUCAGCAGAUCAUCUAGCGAAGGGUCUCUGACAUUUUCCAAGCAUGAUACAAGAUUGCCCAGAAGUGGGAAAUCAGUGACAGUGACCAAACUUCCUGUUGCAGUACGUGCUUCCCCAAAGGAAGGACUCUUGCUGAGCCAGCCUGGAUCCUCAAUUCAGCGCCUGUCAUAACACCACUAUUCGCUUGUUUCAGUCUGAGUCAGCUCCUCAUGGUGCUUUUUUUUUUUCUUACUUCUUUUUUUCCUCUUAGCAAGUUUCUAGUAACUGAAAUAUUUCAACCACACCUGACGGUUACUCAAAUGGAAUAGGAAAGAGGUAUUGGGCAAGUCUGCAGAAAUCCUCUGGGACAUAGGUGGGGCCAAUGGGAUAAUCUACCUUCUAUCCUGAUGCUUUAGAUACUGCUGCUGAGUCACGUCAACCAGAACUUCUGAGAUGCAUCCAGUCAAUGCAAUCAGCUGGUCUUCUGAGAGCAAAUUACUAACUUCCCCAAAACUCUGAAGGAGGUCAGGAAGAGCAGUGGGACCUUGACUCUGUAUCCCACAUCUUUAGACAACCUCUCAGGUUAGGGCCCGAUCCAAACCCCAGUAAAGUCAAGGAGAAAACCUCUUCCCUUCAAUAUCUCUGAGUUUUGGAUUCAGACAUGGUAGGGUAUGUGGUGGGUAAGAGGCAGUCCUCUGUCAGACACUGAAACUCCAGCUACAAACAUACAUGAGCAGAUCUUUAAAAGCCAGUAUUUAUCUGUGACAUUCUAUUCUUUUGUGUCAUUAAAGUAGGUCAAAUAUCAUCAAAAACGUUUUACACCAAAUGGCAGCUAUUUAAAUGUAAGGUUUUCAAAGAAUAAUCAUUCAUGCUCAACAAUUGUUGUUGUUAUUCCUAUAAUAAUACUAGCAAUAGUAUUACAGAGAAAUUAAGUAAUCUUGCAAGAGAAGUCAACUCUAGUGAAAGUGUGGCAUGAGGAGCUAACCAGCUCCACAGAAAUCUGGGUCAGCCCAGCUACGCUCACUGCUCACCUCUUUCCCCACAGAUGCUGGUACGGCUUCUGGAGGCAAUCAGAGGGGGCACAAGUUAUUAAUAGUUGGCUGUCAGAGUGUGUACAGCUGUGUUAUUUAGCAUCCCAUGUGGCUGAACCACCAAUGAGAGAGAACACUGAAUAUGCUGGCUCUGGCUUUCCAGCUUUCCAGAAGUACGUUGUGCUUAAAUCCUGCCAAGUAGAUGGAAUGACCCUCCGGAUUUUUUUCACUUACAGAGAUUUCUUAGUAUCAUUUCAUUGUUGGAACAAAGGAAAAAAAAAAAAAGCCAAACCAAACCCUCCCCCGCCAGUGACUCAGUAUUUGCUUGUAUUUGUUGUUUAGAAUUCAAUAUUAAUAACAUGUUUAGCAAUCACUCAGCAAAGUUCAGUGAAUACGCAAAAGCCAUAAAAUUAUUUAUUAACAAAUACAACACCCCUUUUAGAAUGCAGCCCUCGCUGAAAUGCAUUUGUCACUUGUUUAGAAUAAAUGUCAGAAAUGUUGUUAAGUGGAGAUAAAAAUUACAUGCACAAGGGAUGUACAGGGGAAGAAAUACUUUCUUAAUCCUUUCAGUUACAAAUCAUGCAUAUUAGAUUUUUAUUUUUUCUCCUGGGUGUUCAUGUGCAUGAGCAAUAUGCAUGUAAAAACUCGGAAAAUGCUGAUAGCAAAACAGGGGAAUAACUGUCACUAAGGCCCAGCAGACUUUGUGUUUGUCAAAGCCUGUUCCUAUCAUUCCUGGGCUGAUAACAAACUGUUGAUUGAGUAUAUAGCAUGAUCUAUUAUCUGGAUAUGAAAGGACAUCCUUCACUGCUUUUAGUGAGGAAGGGGUUAGACCUGUGAUGUCUAAAAACAGAGAAGAAACCACAGUUUGCCCUGGAAGGGCAAGCAGAAUGAUCCUGCUGGCAUUUAUCCAAAGCCUCUAGAUUCAGAGUCAGCUCCCCUUUGCUUUCUCCAUCACCAGGAGAUGUGGGCAUUUCUCAAGGACAGUUUAUGCCCAUCCAAAGGUCUGAGUCCACCUGGGGUGGCAAUUCAUUUCCUGUCUGAUUUACUAAUGCAAACAUACUCCAAAGGCCACAGAAAACAAAAACAUGGUGAGGUGAGGGUGCAUUUGUCUGUGAUUCAUCAAGGUACCACUGCAAACUUGGACAGGGUUUGUGACCUACAUCCUGGUUGAGAUUCAACAUCGGAUUGUGGAGCAGAGAGAGCGUAUUGCUUUGAAGUCAGUGUACAGCGAGCACAUAGGCAGAGAGACUUUCUCAAGUUCACUUCAAGGAGGUCCACAGGAGUUGGUUGCCUGUAUUUUUCUAAUUUUCCCUCCUCCAUGGUGUCAGAUUUGUGGCCUUUUUCCUCCCAUCUUGUAAAGCAGCUGGCAAUCCUCAGGAGUGUUUAGACCCCCCCCAACUUCCCUUAGCCUGAUGGGCUGGUACAAGCCAAGCUGUGUACUGCAAUAUCCCAGCUGACUGGCUCACACGGGAGGAAUUUCCUUGCCCAGUAACACCAGUGCCACAGAAUUGUUGGGCUUGGGCAAGGGAAUCUCCAUCCUUGGCAGGUUCUUCUCAUCCUACCAGCCCAGCACCUCUUCUGUUCUCAUCCACAGCAGCAUAGUCUAUUUUUCUUUGUGAAUCCUUCUUACUUGAUCUACCUCCUCUUUGGAUGGACACAGAGCUGUUAAAUGUUCCUCAGCCUUGUGUUUCUUAAGGAUUACUUUUGGCAGCAGCCUUGUCAUUUUUACUUUGCCUGGAUAUGUGCAGGCAAAUGUUUUUACACCUUCUAUAUACUGCUUGGUCUAGGUUCAGAUGAGAUCAUGUCUUGUCCUUUUCCUCACCCCUCCUCAACUCUUCUUGUCUGAUACAUAUUAAAGCCAAAUUAGUUCACAAAGAUCUCCUGAAAUUGAACUCUUCAGCCAGGGAUUGGCUUGGUUUAUCUGUUUAUGGGCAACUGGCUGAAGGUUGUAGAACAUCCACAGUGCUGGAAACAAUUUACCAUUUUUUAAAACAUAAAAAUAUAUUCAGAGGAAAGUUUUUAUGGGGUGUUUUCAGGUUGGUUUGGGGGUUUGUUUUUUUCUUACAAACUCAAUGCCUCGUUUAAAAGUUCAGGUUUUGAUGUUUCAGAAAGUUAAGAAACCUCAUUUAAAGGUUGGGUUCUCUUGCUUUUUCACUGGUUAAUUUUUUUACACACCUAGAAAGCUUCAAGCAUACUGAUGAUGAGGAGAGUGAUCAGCAUAUCUCUUAAUUCAUCUGAAUCUCUCACUAUGGUCAAUGACUCUUUCAUCUGAGAUAGGACUGCAUGAAAUAAGAGAAAGCACUUUAAGAGUUGACCUUUAAGGGAGAGUUUGUAUGAACCUGUGAAGUCUGUCAAUGUGCUUCAUUGCUUCUUAUUUGGUGUAUGUGCUUUUUUAUAUGUGUUGGUGCCCAUGAGUUUGCUAAAAUCCUAUCUGUGCCUUGUUAUGGAAAGUUAUGCAGCAGUACUAUGGUUCACAGCCUCUCUUUCUGGCCUUAUCUGAAUUUUAUAACAUUUUGGCUGUAACAGGAAGCAAAAGGAUAAAAAAAUCUGGGGCAGUAUUUUCCAAACUUGGGGGGUAAUGCUCUUCAACUUUUCAUCCUGUGCCACAAACAGGCACUGCACUGAUGGUUGCAAGAUGCUCAGCAGGUGAGGAAGCUUUAAAGACCAUAGGCAGGUUAAUGUAGAUCUUCACCAUGCCACUGCCCUGCUGACAGCACUUGCUAGGGAAGAGACCAUGUUGCACCCUCAGGAAGGUCUUGGAAAAUUGACAUUUUUCAAUGAGCUUCAUGCUGGAACAGAUUUGCUGUUUGAUUUUUUGUAGUUAUUAUUUUUACUGCUAUUGCUGAUGGGCUGCCACAUUCUGCAGAGUAAACAAAGGAUAUAUAUCAUAUCCCUGGCCAGCUACAGAGCUUUUCAAGCAUCCAGUGUGAUUCUCCAGAGUAGAUUUUAUAUCCCAUUCCUCUAGGGUGUCUUGAAAUGAGAAAAAUAUUAAAUUGUAAAGAAAAUGAGUUUGUGACAGACCCUUUAAAUAAAUUUCCAUCAUGACUGGCCAUGGCUGUCUGGAUUUACCUGGAAAACAUGAUAAUUCACAAAAUGUAUGACAAAAAUAAAGAGCACGUCGCUCCCUGUGGAUAUUCACUGGGAGGUUAUUCUCCUGGUUUUGCCUAUGGAAGUGAAAGGCUGAACCUGCCAGACAGCAAAUAAUGUUGACCCAAAGGAACAUUUUGUUUUGAGGCAGCAAAUCCUGCCAUCUCUAUAAAAAUUAGUUUUUAUAUGGGCUUCUCCUGUUCCACCAAAACUAUUUUUGUGGCCUCUCAUAAAAUCAAAACUCAAGCUUAGCUCUUAGAUAAUGGUGGGAGAGCAAAAGAAUGCAGAGAUGAGUUGUUAUAAAGACACAUAAAUAACUGAACAACAUGAAAACAUAAUUCAACCACUUUGAUUAAAAACAAGAAAAAAAUAGCCUGAGAAAUCCAGAUUGAUUUUGCUUCCAUUCAUGAAGAACAAAAAAUGCGAGUUGGCAUUUCUUGUGUUGCUUCGGGGGUAUUUUCACUCAGUAGUGCUCAGCUGGCCAGAAAGUUUGAGCCAGAAAUCUGUUUUUAGCGUUUGCAUGUCCUUUUUAACCUCUCUGUAGGAAAUCUUCCACAGGCCAUUGUGAAUGAAUUGUGAUAGAGAGAAAUGCAUGGACAUGAGACUCAGAACUCACCUUUGCCUAUGACCACCUACUGGACGUUUAAAGUUCAGAGACAUCAAGCAAUCUUGUGCUGAGGUAGAAAUAUUGCUCACCCACUUAAUUUAGUGUUUAAAUUAAUUUAGUGGUUAAAUUUUCUGUCUAUACAUAAGCUUUGCAAUAGGCAAAGGGUGUUUUUUUAGUCAGCAUUAAAAAGCAUCUUCAUUGGCAGCUCUUUGGUCCAUAGAAGGAUUUGAAUACUUAAGAGCAGGUAUAUUCUACUGAGAAUCAGCAGUUGAAGCUAGGACUGAGAUGUUACCUUUUAGCAAUGCUAGCACUCCCACAUACCUACUUCAGCUGUAGCAUUAGGCUUAUGGUGGACCAUCAGCCAUUUUAGAUCUUUGAGGCUGCUUUUCUCCACAGAAAGAGCACAAAAAGGACACCAGCAGGGUGGAUACCCCUACUCUCUAUAUAGAUCCCAAAUUCAGAUUGGUUAGAAUUUUUCUCCAUGCUUAACUUCUUUUUUCCAAACUGGCUCUACAAAACAACCCAAAAAAAACUUUUUUAAAAAAUUCAGCUAAGUAUUUUGUUUUCAGUUUUAACUGGAUGCAAAUUCACAGUUUUUUUAUGGCUAGAAGCCAAUCUCAACUCUCAGUUUCAAAACUAAUUCAGAGCAUCAUGACGGGAACGUGAUUUGCUGAGAUCAGCUGCAUAGUGCUCUGCUCUCAUCAUACCCAUCAUACCAGGUUCAGAGCACAGAUACUCAGGGUGGAAGGUCACCCUGUCGAAACAGUCUCUUUUUUUUUGGGUGAAUUUAUAUGAAAAGGGCACAGAGCAAGAUAAAGACUUGCUGUCUUUAAGCCACUCUUAAGAAGGAUUAUAAACAAUAAAAUAGUAAUUCUGAGUUAUCAUUUGAUUAUUUCAUCAGGUUCUGUUGAGUGCUCUGAUUGGAUCUGUUCAGUGUCUGGCUUUCUGGCUUCUCCCAAGUAGACAGAGUUCUCUGUGGUGGACAGAAUAGCUAUAAUAAGAAGUGGACAGAGUCAUUCAAAGCUUGUCUCUAGGGCAGGAUAGUUAGAAACAGACCUGAUGUUGAUUUUAUAUUCAUUGGCAGAAGGCAGGAGAUACUCCACUGAAGUUAAUUGAGUUAACUCAGUCCGAUGCCAACGCAAAACAGAUCUGAAUCUAGACCACAGUUCAAGACUCAUGUACAAUUUGCAUAAUGGAAUUAAAAUAAAGCUUCCAACUCUAGCUACAGAAAUACUCUGCUGAGAAUUAGAGACCAGGCUUGCUGUUUGGGAUUAAAUAAAAGAACACCCAAGGCAUCUGCUGUCACAUAGAACAA